AUGAUAAUUAGCAUAUUUACUAUGCUCUUUUCUUGUGGUGUAUUUGCAUAUAGUAUUAAUGCAGUAGGUAUGAUUUUCAAUACUUUGACCAAAAAAAGCUUAGAUAAAAAGAAUAACAUGUACACUAUUAGUUAAUAUAUGGACAAAAAAAAUGUAAAUAUUGAGCUAUAAAUACAAAUAAAAUAAUAUUUAGAAUAUUACUGGGAUAUGCAAUACUCGAGAGAUAAGGAGUAGGAAAAAAAUUUAAUUAAUUAAUUGAGUCCAAAGCUGAAAGAGCAGCUACUUUUAGAGACGUUCAAGGUUAUUGUAUUAGAGUGCUAAAUCUUUAAAAAUAAUUUCUCAUAGCAAUUCGUAAUUGAUAUUAUUUAGUUAAUUGAAGAAUGUUCAUAUCGGCCUGAUGAAAUAAUUGUUUCUGAAUCAAUUUAAGAUGAUCAUAGCUUAUAUUUUAUAGAAUCAGGUCAAGUAUAAGUCUUUAUUGAUGAAGGUGCUAAAAAAAUUAGAAUUGCAAAUAUAAGCAAUCAAUAAGUUAUGUAAAUAUAAGCUAUAUAAUCACAAUUUGUUGAGGAUUUUCAUUAAGAUAUAGAUAUCUAUAUAUAAAAAUAUACAUAUAAGGAAGAUGAUGAUAAUGAAUUUUAGGAAAAUGAUGAUUAAGAUUAAAUGAACUAAUCUGCUUUUAUGAUUUUUUCAUAAUAAGAUUUAGCAUCUAUUGAACCUGAAAAUAAGCAUACAGGAUAUCAAGCAAGCUAUAUCUCAUAAAUUUCUUUCAAAAAAAAUAAAUUAAGUUCAUCUAAUUUUGAUGAAGAGCAAACAAAAGUUUCCAUAAAGAAUCUAAAAUCAAAAAUAAAUUCUACAGAUGAUAAUUAGCUUUCAAAUCUUCAAGGAAGUAAUAAUAACAACAUCAAUGAUUAAAACAAUUAAAAAAGAAAAAGAAGCAGUAUCCUGUAAAUUUAACCAAAUUUAAAAAUUUAGUGUUUAAUUUAACCUCGUUCAAGUAUAGUUUAUGAUUAAUAAUAACUAGAAAAUCUUUCUCCAAAAAAUAAAUUAAAUGACAAUUUAAAUAAAUCAAAUGCUAUUUUAAAUAAUUAUCACACAUUAAGAAAUAGCUUUGAUACUAAAAACUCAAAAGAUAGAGUUCAUUUACCAGCAAUAAAGUCAGAUGAUUAAUAAGGCUAAACUAGUGAUUUAGUCUGGAAAGUGCAGUAAUUAAUUGAACAGUAAAAAAGCUUAAAAGAAAAAAAAGAAAUAGAUGAAGAAGGUAGCAAAUAUGACAUUUAAAAAGAUUAUGAAACUUACCUUCCACAUAACAAUCUUUCUUAUAUAAUUGAAUAUCUUAAGUUUAAAUCAAGAUAUCUUAAAUAGUUAAAAUUCUAAUAUAAAAACUUGAACUAAAAUAUAAAGUCAUAGCUUGAAUCUAGUAGUAUUUUCAAUGAUUCUAAUAAUAAAGAAAAUUAUAUGAAUUAAUACCCUUUCAAUAAUCCUAGUUGCUAAAGAAACUUCUAACUUCUUAGAAUUUUCGAAAAAAAAUUUUAAUAACUAAUUUUUAGGAAAAGAAAUAGCAAAAGACUUCAUUCGUAAAAUUAAUAAAUAAUUUCAAAUAAUUAGAUUAUAAAAAAUUCAUUACCGAACACUAAAUUAUAAAAAAUUUUAGAAUAAUUUUAGUUUGCUUAAAAAAAUUAAAAUUAAAUUGAUAAUGUUAUUUAAGACACAUAAAACACUCCAAGAAUAAAUUAUAACAGUUAAGCAAAUAAAUAAAUAUAAUAAUAAAGUUCCCUAAAAUUUAGAAACGAAGAAGAAAAUGGUUAGGAAAUAAGGAAAAGCAGCUUUACUAAUGAAUAUAAAUACCUCAUUUCAACUUAGAGAUAAGAUUCUAUCAUUCCCAAUGAAUAAAAAAGCUUUUUAUCUAAUUUAAUUGCAUAAGAUUAAAAUAUGAAGCAUAUUUCAUCCUAUCGAAAUUAUUUUGAAAGGAAAUAAUUGUUUUGUUAAACUUAAAAAUACUAAAAUAAUCCAUCCAAAAAUGAUUAAAUUUAAACAUAAAAAACUCAAAAUAAUGAAAUAAGCUAAAUAAAAUGCUCAGAUCAAGAUGAAAUUGAGUCUCCUUAUUCAGUUAAAAAAAAUAAAAUUAACUCAUCCAGAAAAAUAGCUCAAAAGGAUAAAUAUUUCCAAGGUGAUUUUGAAGUUGAAAAUCCUAAUAAAAUAAAUUCUUUCAACUUAAACAAUAUUUAAGAAGACUGGAAACUCUCUAAAACUUAUAUUGAAUAAUAAAAUAAAAAACUAUAAAAUUUCUAGGAAGCUAAAAAACAAAAAAGAUAUAAAAUUGAUUAAAUUCUUUUUUGA